CAUAUUGAGGAUGAUGCAAUAUUAGAGUACAAUCAGUUGUCGCCCCUUGGCUAGGAACAAUUGUCGAUGACAAUAAAACUGUAGUAAUCUUCCGCCACCUGUAGGAUUAUAUGCAAGCACGACUCGGCCACCUGUAUUUCUCUUUCGUACUAUUCACUAUGAUGUUUCCUCAUUCGUUUCGAUUCUUGGCACGUAAAUGAAUCUUGUCUCGCCAUAUUUGAUGGGCAAGAGUAGCACUUGAUAGCGUGUGCUUUAUGAAUGUAGUUUUGUCUGCUAAACGAAAAAUGAAAGAUUAGUUCUCCUUCAAUCAAAAUAGAUGCCGCUCCGUGUAUGUGAUGGAAAGUCAUAGUUAGUAGUCGCAGAAACUAUGAUUUGCGAGACGAACCGUCCUAAUUGUCCUGACUAUCUUCGGCGCGGAGGCGCAAGUCGCGUAACUUCUUGAAGUAAACACUUUUCCCCGUCAUCUCAAUUCCCCCUUAACUUGCCGCCUUACUCUUCACGGACAUGGGGGAUGACAUCAGCGCGUAGAACGGUUUGAACCAGACUCGGGCUACAAGGCCACAGGUAAACUAUCCCAGUGUCUUCCGGCCGGCCUUGACGCAAUCUGACUACUAAAAACCUCGCGGUAGCUGGGGGGCGUUCUAGUCUUCGGUCUAGUUCGUCGCCCUCUACCAGGCCUGUACUACCUGAAAGCAGAACUUCGGCUAGGGCAACAAGAUCACAUCAAGCAGCAUCCGCGAGCAGCAUCCGAACCGAGAGUAGUCAGCCGGGCCAUUUCUGAAGGCGCUGCGAGGUGGGCGGAGAGGCAUCACGCUAGCAGUUGGACGGGAGCAAGGCCAGCGUUCUUCUGUGUGAUGUUCGUCGUUUUGCGUGCGGGUUUGGCCCUCUUCUACCCCCCGAAAAAAGGGGAGUCUCCAGACCCUUAUGGUCGUCCCUGCCGCCGGUGGUAGCGUGCGCGUCGCCACUCUGAUCUGAUCUGACUAUGUAGGUUAUCUCUCUCUCUCUCUUGAAGUAAACACUUUUGCCAAUAGAAUGUAAAUUUACGACCUUGCUUUCAGCAUUCGUGUUUUAUGUUUCGUUCUGCCCGCACUUUCUUUUUGCAUUUGGAAAUUUUCAUUGUUGUCUGCAAAACGCACAGAUGAUUCUGCACUGUCUGCAAAACACAAAGGAGUGAAUAUCUUGGCGAUGAUGUUGCUACGGAAACGGAUGCAAAUUUUGCAUUCCUUUGCACUGAGCAUUGGGCUC